AAUAAAGAAGAAGAAGAAGAAGAAGAAGAAGAAGAAGAAGAAGCUAAGAUUUCAGGAUUGAAGAACAAAGUGAAGUUGUGUCUAAUUAAGAGAUCCGUGGAUUUAGUGACAGGUCCAUAUAGAAUAGGUGGAUCAGGGUCCAUGUAAGAAUUUGUAUUUGGGCAACCUAAAACUUAAGGCCCAAAUUUGGGCUCAAAACCUUGGUCCGAAAUAGGCCCAGCUAUAAUGCCAAGGCCCGACCCAACCAACCCAACCCGAACCCAUGAUCAGAUUUACUCGGUGCAUAAUACAGUCGUACGGUCCGACCUUCUAUGAGGUUCGUUGCAAGUUUGCACAUACACAGACGUUGCAGCUUCUAAAACCAUCAAUUCAUUCAUCUAACUUCUACAUUUCUCUCUCUUCUUCCAAUUCAUCUUCAUCUUCUUCUUCACAAAUCCUUCAGUUCAAUCUCCAUUGAAUUCGACCUUCAAAAUUCCACCAUUCACACAAUUUCUCCACUUUCUCUCUCCUCCAUGAACAACAAUUUUUCUUUUUACAAUGUGGACUAGAGCAGUUUACUCCCAAAUUUCUAAAUUAUCAAUUCUCAACCCCAAUUUAGGGUUAGGGUUAGGAUUAGGGUUUUGUUCGAGAUUGUAUUCUACUGUUGAAAGAGGUAAGAGAUUUGCUGCGGUUUGGGGAAACGGCGAUUUUGGGAGAUUAGGCCUUGGAAGUGUCGAUUCUCAAUGGAGGCCUGUAAUUUGUCCUGCUUUCAAUGGCGAUAAUCUUCGUUCUAUUGCUUGUGGUGGUGCUCAUACUCUUUUUCUAACAGAAUCUGGGCGUGUUUAUGCCUCUGGACUCAAUGAUUUCGGACAGCUUGGGAUUUCGGAUGAUAAGAAUUACGCAAUGGAGCCGGUUGAAGUAGUUGGAAUUGAGAAAGAGAUUAAACAUGUUUCUGCUGGCUACUGUCACUCAUGUGCAAUUACAGUUGAUGGGGAGCUCUACAUGUGGGGGAAGAACUCUAAUGGACAGCUUGGACUUGGGAAGGGAGCACUAUCAGCAGUCUCAAGACCACUAAAAAUUGGAUACUUGACUGGGAUCAUCAUCGAAAUGGCUGCUUUAGGUUCAGAGCAUUCUAUAGCUGUUACUGAUGAAGGUGCCACCUUGAGCUGGGGAAUGGGAAGUUCUGGAAGACUUGGUCAUGACCGCCAAUCAGGCUUGUUCAAUUUUCUAAGCAGCAGGAGUGAAUAUACUCCAAGGCUUAUCAAAAGACUUGAAGGGAUCAAGGUCAAAACAGUUGCUGCUGGAUUGCUGCAUUCAGCUUGUAUUGAUGAAAAUGGCAAUGUCUUUAUUUUUGGUGAAAGAAGAAUAAACAAGCUUAACUUUGGAAAUUCGGACAAUGUUACUGGGCCAUCAAUGAUGUCGGAACUGCCAAUUUCUGAAGAAGUUGCCUGUGGUGGUUAUCAUACCUGUGUUGUAUCAAGGCAUGGAGAAUUGUAUACAUGGGGUUCAAAUGAAAAUGGCUGCCUUGGCAUUGGUUGUACGGACGUCAUUCAUUCCCCAGAAAGAGUUGAAGGUCCUUUUCUAAGGCAAUCAGUGAGUAAGGUUUCUUGUGGGUGGAAGCACACAGCUGCUAUUUCAGAUGGCUAUGUUUUCACAUGGGGUUGGGGAGGUUCUCAUGGAACAUUUUCUGUGGAUGGUCAUUCUUCCGGUGGACAAUUGGGUCAUGGGACUGAUGUUGACUACAUCAAGCCAACUGUCAUUGAUGUUGGAAGCAAUGUGAAGGCAGUAGAAGUAUCUUGUGGAUUCAAUCACACUGGUGCCAUAUAUGAAUGCAUAUAAGUUCCAGAAGGAGGCACUCGUAUUCUGGACAAGUUACUCGCAGAUCUUCUAUGAUCUUGACUAGGUAUACCGUGCAGUCAUAGUGUAGUUAAUUAUUUUGUUUACAUCUCUGUGUUUAUACCUGUUGUAUAACCAUUAAUCCAUUAUGUUACGAAUAACAAACCAGCCCAACAAUAUAACUCAUCUUCUGAGAGGAAUUUUGUUAUUUCCAUUGAGCCAUAUUGGUUGGUGGUAAAGGUACCUGUACUACAUAUCGUGUAUAGUAAUUGUAAAAUGGAACCACAAUAAGAUUCAUCACUGGCUGAGUACAGAAUGAACUUGAUCAGUUUUGUUUCCAAUAUGUGUAACAUCUAUUCUAUAUAAAAGAAGUUAAAAAUAAUUCGACAAAACAUGUUG